GCGGGGCAGGCCGGCCCUGGGGCGCCUUAAAAACCGGAGCUGGCGCUUGACAUCGCCACUCUGGGCAGGAUCCAACAUCGCUCCGGCUGCUCUUGACGACUCCACAGAUACCCCGAAGCCAUGGCCAGCAAGGGCUUGCAGGACCUGAAGCAGCAGGUGGAGGGGACCGCCCAGGAAGCCGUGUCAGCCGCCGGAGCAGCAGCUCAGCAAGUGGCGGACCAGGCCACAGAGGCGGGGCAGAAAGCCCUGGACCAGCUGGCCAAGACCACCCAGGAAACCAUCGACAAGACGGCUAACCAGGCCUCUGACACCUUCUCUGGGAUCGGAAAAAAAUUCGGCCUCCUGAAAUGACAGCAGGAAGACUUGGGUCGGCCUCCUGAAAUGACAGCAGGGAGACCUGGGUGACCCCCUUCCAGGCGCUAUCUAGCAGAGCCUGGCCCUGAUCUCCGGGCAGCCACCACCUCCUCGGUCUGCUCCCUCAUUAAAAUUCACGUUCCCA